CUAGGAAGUGCUUAAAAAAACUAAUAAUGUAUAAAUUAUAUAAAUUCCCGUAAUUUCUCCAACUCUCUGAUCCACCGGCGGAGUUCCUCCGUCAACCACUGAGCCGUCACAUUCUUCAACCUCCGUCUCGAUCUCGACGACCGAAAAUCCGAUCAGUAGAAUUCUAGGUCAGAGAGAUUCCGGUGUUGCAAAGGGAAUUUUCUCAGCUCGAGGAAGAAGGAGAAGAAGAAGAAUGUCGCAGCAAAUCAGCGGCAACAGUUCCAGCAAUAUUCUUCCGUUGAGCGAAGUUUACUGGUCUCUCGUUAACAAAGCGGACAAGAAGUUCUCCAAGAUCAGAGACUUGCCGUUCUACGAACGCAGCAGGUAUGAAACUUAUUUCUAUAAGGUAUUCAAGGUGUAUACCGAAUUAUGGAAGUUUCAGCAAGAAAAUCGGCAGAAGCUUGUUGAAGCUGGGCUUAAGAGGUGGGAGAUUGGAGAAAUUGCGUCUCGAAUUGCACAGCUUUAUUAUGGGCACUAUAUGAGAACAAGUGAUGCUGGUUACUUAUCCGAGUCAUACAUAUUCUACGAAGCAAUACUAACUAGGGAGUACUUCAGAGAGGGAUUGUUUCAGGAUCUCAAUAUUGCAAACAAACAGCUACGCUUUUUUGCAAGGUUUCUGAUGGUGUGUUUGGUCCUAGGCCGGCGAGAGAUGGUACAUCAAUUGGUUGAUCAGUUUAAACGGUUGAUAGAUGAUUGCAGAAGGACAUUCCAGGAAACUGACUUUAAAGAAUGGAAGCUGGUGGUGCAAGAAAUAGCUAGAUUUUUGAAAGCUGACACAGCUUUUAUGAACGUCAGGCCUCUAAGAUACAGUCUUGUUCUGGACCCUAACUUGGAUUUUCUCCAGCAUGCUGGUACACCGCUUGCAGGCAGGUCAUUAAGGUUGACUGACGCAAUAUUGAGCAGCUAUCAUUAUAACGAGGUCAAGUAUUCGGAGCUUACGCUUGAUGCCUUCAGGAUGCUUCAGUGUUUAGAGUGGGAACCUAGUGGUUCAUUUUAUCAGUCAACUGGUGCUAAAAUGGCGCAGUGUGGAUACACAGGACCUGCUGCUCGUGCACACCCACAGAACAUUACUGAUCCUACUUUGCCACCCAACCCUCGCAAAGCUGUCCUGUAUCGUCCAUCCGUGACAAAUUUCUUAGCUGUUUUGGCCACGACUUGUGAGGAACUUCCUUCUCAUGGUGUCCUCUUAAUAUAUUUGUCCGCUUCAGGAAAGGUUGGACGGACUUCAUCUUCUCCUUUGGGUGUUGGAAUUGCCAGUGGCAUGGAGGAGAAUAUCAUUAGAAACUUUGAAUCUCAUACCAUCAAUCAAGGUGGAGCCCCUUCACCUCCAAUAGUUUCAGCAGAUGAUGGAUCCAACCAGUCUUUAAGAGAAAACAAUGGGGACUCCUCAGUCAGUUCACCAUGUGGUUUGUUUCUAGGUAGUCAUGGUCGUGAAGGACCGAGUUGCGUUUAUCCCUCUGAUUUAGUUCCAUUCACAAGGAGGCCUCUUUUCAUAGUCAUCGAUAGUGAAAGCAGUGCAUCUUUUAAGAGUAUUAGCGGAGCUGAGAAAGGAGAGCCAGCUGCAUUGCUACUGUCUCCAACCUAUGCUCCUCCCCUUACCUCUGCUGAUAUGUCUCGUCAUCCUAGCGGUAGCCUUUUCACCAUUUUCCUCACAGCUCCAAUCCAAGCAUUUUGUUUGGUAAUUGGCAUUUCUGGGCCUGAUGUAGAAAUGGACAAGGCGGAGAAGCUGCUUUCCUUAUCCAUGAAUGAGUGGGGUUCUACUCUGGCAACAUCAGACACUCUCCAUCCAGUUUGGGUGCAGAUACUAAAAGAUCCCUUCUUGAGACGACUUCUUCUAAGAUUCUUGUUCUGUCGGGCUGUGUUGAUGCUAUACGCUCCGAACGCAGACAAGACACAAAAUCAACCGGAGUGCUCUCCUGCUCUCCCGGACUCGCUCCUACCGACAGAGCCUGCAAUUCAAAGCACGGUGUUUCAGAUGGCAAGCAUCUUCGGUGCGAGCAGUAAGUUCCCUCUUCCGAAAGAAAUGACAAAAUCUCUCUAGAGACCGGAAAGAGGGAGAGGAGAAAGACUGUCGUUGUCAUUGCUCUACUCUCUUCUGGGACAACAUAGCUUUUUCCAAAUGGUCGGAAAUGUUAGUUCCUUUUCCUGUGGUGUUUUUUUUUUGGUCUAGUGCUUCAACACGUCAUUUGAAGCCGUGUGUCGGUCUGGAGAGAUUACCAUCAAAUCGAAGUUUUUUCCAUUCAGAACAACAACUCUACAUAAUGAAUCCAAAGUCAAAUCUUUGACUC